AUGUCACCAGUAAAAAGCCUAAAUCCUUUUGCAGUUUGUAACUUUCAGGACGAAUCAUGUAUAGAAUCUUUUGUCACAGUUGAGGAAGCCAGUAUAACAUCAGAGGCUCUUAGCCUUGAUAACACCCUAUCGAAUUCCUAUCCCAAUGUCAUAUCCAUUUUGGAUGAUCAACAAGCCGGCUUAUCCUCACCUAAUGGAAAUUCCACCACAGUCGAUGAAAUCGGUACAGGCAUUGACCAAAAUUACAGUCCGUCGACUAUGCCCCCAUCGUUUGAUGAUCAAUUGAAGGAAUAUCGUACUAAGCACUCUCACACCGACAGAAUGAUAGAUGUCCUUGAUAAUUCUGGAAUAACACACCAAAAAACUACAAGGAAAUCAACCCGAAACCGCAAAAACGCCAGAUCUAGUCAAGUCAAAUCGAAGCGAUGCAAUUAUAUACCACAACCCAUAUCACGUAUAGAUACCUCUGUAUUUAACCGAAAAUUUUUUCGGAAGAAUUGCUCUUCAAAUCGGCCACCGGACUGGGGAAACUACCUGAUCCUUGUAAACAAAUUAACGCAGAAAACAGAAUUAGAACAAUCGACAAGAAUUUAAGAUCGAACAUUGUUACUAUUAAUGCCAAGGCCACUUUUAAUAUACCUAUUAAAAUAAUCCCCAAUCGUCGUAUACACAAACCUCAUACCAGAAUCCCAAUGGGUAUUCGUACCCGAAAUGUUCAUAACCUAAUUCCCGUUAAAAUAAUCAAAAAUGAUUGCCCGUUGUUAAAACAUUUUGUUCCGUCAAUUCUGUUAUCCAAUACGAUGUCGCUUGCUCCAAAAAUCGACGAAAUCGCUUAUACCAUCAAAACCGUUGAUGCCAAUAUUGCCCUAUUCACUGAAACUUGGUUGCGUGAUACCGUUCCUGAUAUUUCUAUUAAUAUCAAACAUUAUCAACUUUAUAGAAGAGACCGUGCCAACCGGCUUCAUGGAGGCGUAUGUAUGUACGUAAAAGAUUAAAUACAUUGUAACAUCUUAGCAGACCUAAAUCACAGUGAUCAUGAAGUUCUUUGGGCUAAUCUUCGACCAAAACGCUUACCACGUGGUAUCUCAAAUAUCAUAGUAGCUGUAGUAUAUCAACCUCCAGCCGCGGACGACGCCACUAUGAAGGACUACCUUAUAUCGUCCUUGGAGAUCUUAGAGAUAAAAUACCCUAAUUGCGCAAUCGUACUAGCUGGAGACUUCAACAAAACGCUCCUUCCCUUGCUCCAGUCUGCUGUGAAAGUCUUUCAACUUAAACCGGUCGUUGACUUCCCUACUAGAGGAGAUAGAACUCUUGACCAAAUUUUUACCAACCUUACAGAGUAUUUCUCACCCCCGUAUAGCUUACCCGCAUUUGGUCUUUCGGACCAUCAAACUAUAUUUAUCUCGGCUAGAAUUCGUGAUAAAACCUCUAAGCCCAAACGCAAAUUAAUUGCGACGAGAGAUAAACGACCCAGUAAAAUAGCAAGUGUUGGUCGAUUUCUUCAACAAGUACCUUGGUCUGACUUGUUCUCCCCAGCUCAGUCAAGUGAAGAUAAACUUAACAUCCUUACAGAUAUAAUAAAUUUUAAUUUGGCCUAAAUACCAUCAUGCCCGUGUCAACCAUCAAGAUACAUGAAUCAGAUCAGCCCUGGAUGAACACUAAUCUAAAACAGCUCAUCUCUCGUCGCCAAAAAGCUUUUACAUCUGGUAACAAUCCUCUCUACAAAAUUCUAAGAAACAAAGUCAAUCAAGCAUGCAAACGCUGCAGAAAAUCCUACUACGUUACCAAAGUUAAAGGUUUACGAGAUUCCAAGCCCCGUGACUGGUGGAGAGAAGUUAAACAGAUUUGCGGCGCCAGUAAAAUUCCAAAACGGGACCUAAUCUCAUUACUCCAUCCAAACCUUGUCUGUGAUAAGGAAUCUCUGGCUGAAAACAUCAAUUCGGCGUUUGCCAACAUAAUGAAUGAUUAUUUACCUCUGUCAGAUUGUAUACGUGUAGAAAUGGCUGAUGAUCGACCAAUAUCUGUCACUGAACACUCUGUCGCAAGAAAGCUUUUAGAGCUAAAUGCUUCUCGUGCCAGUGGUCCCGACAACCUCCCUAACUGGGUACUUAAAAAUUUUGCGUAUAUUCUAGCGGCCCCAAUUGCUGAUAUCCUAAAUACUUCGUUCUUGGAAUGUAAAGUUCCUGACGCAUGGAAACUUGCCAAUGUCUGUCCUCUGCCUAAGGCAUCUUCUAUCUGCAACAUCAAUAAGGAUUUAAGACCAAUCUCUCUAACACCCACCCUCUCAAAAGUUGCUGAGAGCUUCAUCAUAGACAUUGCGUUGAAACCUGUUCUACUACCUAUUAUCGACCCAGGCCAAUUUGGUUUUAUCCCAGGAUCGUCAACUACUCUAGCACUAAUCUCUAUGUUCCAUCAAUGGUUACGAGCUACUGACAGCACUGCAUCCACCGUAAGAACCAUACUUUUAGAUUUCCGCAAAGCUUUUGACCUCGUGGACCAUAAUAUUUUAGUCGCCAAACUGUUUAGUAUAGGCGUAAAACCCACGGCCGUCAAUUGGAUAAUUGAUUUCCUAAGACAUAGAAAGUAGAGGGUUAAACUAAACAACAUCGUUUCCGAUUGGCUUGACGUCCCAGCAGGAGUGCCUCAAGGAACUCGUCUUGGUCCCUGGUUGUUUUUAGUACUAAUCAAUGAUCUUAAGCUAUCUCAUAAAUCCUUACCUAUGUGGAAAAUCGCCGAUGAUUGCACAAUCUCUGAAGUGAUACCACCCUCCAAGCAAAGCUCUCUUCAGCAAGCUGUUGACUAUAUCGAUGCAUGGUCUCAAGAAAAUCGAUUACAAUUGAAACCAACUAAGUGUAAAGAAGUACGAUCAUGUUUCAAGAGAAACCCUCCAUCAUUCCCUUUAGUCGAACUCAAUGAUUUCCAGUUAGAAAGAGUUAGCGUGGCCAAAAUUCUUGGCGUAACAAUCCGGGACGAUUUUAAGUGGAACGACCAUAUCGGUAUUGUCACCGUAAAAGCCGCAAAACGACUGUAUCUUUUGAGACAAUUAAAAAGAGCCGGGAUCUGUCCAAAAGAUCUUAUCACUUUUUACUGUAGUGCCAUCAGAUCACUUCUGGAAUAUUCGUGCCAGUUAUUUCAUCGGAGUCUCCCUAAAUAUCUGUCAAAUGAACUUGAGAGUAUCCAAUGGCGCGCUAUGCGUAUCAUCCACCCGGACUUGAAAUAUGCUGACGCGCUAAAAGACGCCGGCAUUUGCACUCUCUUCGACAGACGAGCCCAACUAUCAACUCAUCUUUUUGAAGAUAUUGUUAAUAAUCCGAAUCAUAAGCUCAGUGGCCUACUUCCACCGCAAGCACAUCAUCAUAACGAUUUAAGGAGCGAACGAAGGUUUAAUGUACCUGUUAGUCAUAGCUUAAAUAUAUAAAUUUUAACAACAAUUAAUCUACGUGAUAAAUUGACUAACUCAGUUACUUUUAUUUUUAAUUAUUCAAAAUUGUUGUAAUAAUGUAUAAAACUCAAUUGUUGUAAAUAUUCACAUAAUUCAGUCUAUGACUGCAAAGUGUUUUAUUUGAAUAAACGAAUCUAACGAAUCUAACCCAAACAGUUGUGCCGUGUUUUACAUCAACCAAAACUUUGCAAGAACUGCGAAUAUAACUAAACUUUACUUUCGUUUGUUCUUCUUUUGACAUGCUGGCAUUUAGUGCUUUUGUUAGUUGGUCAAUAGAAGAAUAAUGUGUGUCUUUAAGCGCGACAGUUUGAUAAGGGCUACUGCCAUUUUUAUACAGAAACGUUUGUUGUACUCUUUUUCGUAUCGUACUCCACGUGUACGGAAAAUGCAGUCCGAUCAAUGCAACUUUCCACCGUCCUGGCAAAACGAUUGCUUCGGCUAAUUUCACUCUGAAAUUUUCCACGGUAUUAUUUGGGAAAUAUUUUAUGGAACUAUUACUCGGCAACGUCAAAUAAAACUGUGUUGCCAUGUUGAAGAUCAGAACAUAAAUGAACACAAGUUAUACGAUUCAAAUCAAUUUAUUUACUAGAAAAUACAUGCAUGCAGAAACCCUCGCCUUGCUGACAAAACCAUUGUAUUUUCCAAACAUGAAGUAUCCAAAGUUGUUGUCAUGGUAAUAACACGAUAUUUUUUUAAGAAUAUUCUUACAAAUGAAAAAUUGCCUAAAAAUAUCAAUUUUAAUUACAAAAUUAUCAAUUUCCCAACAUAUAUUUGUUAGGUAUGUUAUUAUACGUAAUAUAAGCUUCAAUUUAAGGUAAAAUUCAACCACAAAAGCUUCGCAAAACGUUUUAAAACGUUCUUUAUAAAACUAAAUUGCCUGGCUUUAAUUAAAUGGCUUUAUCGAUAAACUUUGAGUUUGCAACAAAAUGAUUUCAAAUUCUCGCAUGCAAAUAACUUUGCUUUCUUUUUAGUAAAAAAAUUCAAUAUAAUAAAAAAGGAAUCAAUAUUAAUAAUACACUGAAUUGACUGAAAUUAUAUGCUGUCUUGUUUAGUUAUUUCAUAUACGCAAAGGGCCAAAUUUAAAGGCCGUCGGGUUUUAAAGCAAUUAUAAAAUCAAUAUUUAACACAAACUUACCUUCGUUAACGUCGGCUCCCUUCUUUUAGCCGAUUCUUUCGCCGUUUCUAUCUUGAAAUUUACAAAAUCUUGCAAAAAUGCGAGUAAAAUUGAAGUAUAUUUGCAAGAAAUUUAUCAAUCAUCAAAUCUGUGAUCAAAUCAAGAAAUGUUUGCUAUUUCGCUGUCGUCAUACAGUCGUUAUGAUGCAAACUUUAAAUUGGACCAAUCAGUGUCCGCUAUUCAUGACAGUCCGCCAUAUUUUUGAGAUCAGUGAGGAUGACCACCCACUCAACACCGUUGGUCACCCACGCCCGCGAUACUUGAUGAACUUUAGACUCCGCUAAUGCUUUCGUUUCCCCAGGUGUAAAUAGCCAGGGGGAAUUAGUACCCUCGCACGGCGCUUUGCGCCGUCGGCUCGGGGAUUAAUAGGGAGCUUUAGAUUUGACUACGAGUACGACUACGAGUACGAGAUUUGAUCGCGUGCGAGGAAAUUACCGUAGUCGUUUUCGUUUUCAUUCAAAUGUUGCUUUUAUAACAGUAAACCAAGAACGAGAGAAAAAGUUUAAUAAACUAAAUCUCCUGCAGACUAAAAUCCCCUACAAAACGUGUAAAUAAGUCAUAACAUUAAAAACAGGCCAGAUAUUUAGUACUAAUAUAUUAUUUGCGCCGGAUAAACGUUAUAUAAAUGCUACAGAUUAUUUUUGGAAAACAAAAAAAAGCCAACUUUCUUUGUUUUUUUGAAAAGUCGUCGUGAGGACUACGAGAUUUCUCCACAAUUUCGUACUCAGAUGGGCGACGGCUACAAUUUUUUCGCGUCAGUACGGGAUGGCGUAAGCAUACAGCAUGCGUUUAGCUUGACGAAUCUCGUACUCGUAGUCAAAUCUAAAGCUCCUUAAUGUCUUUUACAUUCUCUGCCGGCACCCAGGAAUUAAAUUUUUCAGGGUAACCAAGCCAUUUUACAAAAUAUUCUUUACGUUUAUUACGCAUGCGUGAUCUAAUUACUUUUUCUACUCGAUAAAAGUCAUUUUGAGUUUUAGUCACUUUCUGAAGUUCCUCUUCAUAAAAGACUGCUUCCACUUCAUCCGAAUCAUGGUCAGCAAUUCUGUACACGGGAGGACGUCGUGGUACUCGCUUCGUUAUAGUGAACACUUCUUCGGUCCAAUUGGGUAGGUAGCCUUUCUUGAACGUACGUCGUGCUUUACUUAUCCGAACUUGAUCGCCAAUGUUAAAUUUAUAGUAGAUGGACUUGUGAGGUUCUUCCCCGUACAGUUUCUGCCACACAAAACCUUCGUUAUCUUUAUUCACGUCAGCUGGUUUCAUUCCUAUGCUACGGUGUCUGGAAUGGUUGUAUGAUUUGACCAACUUCUGAAUUAUGUCAAUGUACUUUACUGUGUUUUUAGCCGUAAAAUAUUUCCACAUCUUUCCUUUCAGUGUACGAUUAAACCUUUCCACAAUUGAGGCCUUGGUUUCGUUAUGGGUCGUGAAGAAUCGAAUAUUAUUUUCCUUUAAAAACUUUUGGAACAUUCUAUUCGUAAACUCUGUGCCUUUGUCUGUGUGUAGUUUCUCAGGUUUUCUACCAUUUUUAAUUAUUUUUCCAAACGCCUGAACGAGGCUCUCGCCCGUUUUCGUCUUAAUUGGUUCAACCCAUGCGUAUUUGCUGAGAACAUCGAUAACGGUCAAAAGGUAGUUGUAACCAUUAUUUUGUUUACUUAGCGAGUCCAUAAUAACGAGAUCAGCUUCCCACUGUUCAUCAAAGCCACCCACUAGAACCCUAUUGCGUUUAAAAUGGAACCGUACGGGUUUGUGUAAUGUGUAUGUUUCUUGCUUUUUUAACCAUGACCGUAUUCUAUUCCGCGAUAUUUGAUGUUUUCCUUCCUCUUUUACAACACGGUAAAUUGAAUCUACGCCUCCAAAACUUGCAGGAUGUUCUGGAUUGUAAUACAGUUGGCUUAGAUAUUUUUCUGGCAUCAAUGUCAGAGGCUUGAAUAUAUCACAAUACUCGCUCCACAACAAGCGCAAAUACAGCGGAUCCUCCGAAAUAUAUUACGGAGAGCUAUUUGUGGAAAACUCUCACAACAACAAGUUAUGCCUACGCCUCAACGGUCAGUAUCAAAUGAACAUCGCAUGGUAAUUUGGACGAUACUUAAAUGACAUAAAGGACCGCUAGUGUAAAUGACAUCAUUACAAAAACGCUUCGAAAAGAUUUUUUACUGCGUUUAAAUUUUUCCAAGUUAAAUGUUUUGAUAACUUCAACUGAUAGUCUUACUGCCUGACGAAUAGUUUCCUCAUUCAGGGAAUCACUAGCUCGGUAUACUAGUGCUGAAUAAGCAAUAAAUCGUCCAAAAUUUGUUACGUUUAUUUCUUUAUAAAACCGACUAAGGUUUACUGUUAAAGAUUGGACUCUUGCUGCUUCGUAUAGUUCAUGAUUCUUAUUAAGGAUAACAUUAAUAUGAUAGGAUAAAGUCUCCUUGUCAAUAUCUACGUUAUUUUGCUUCAACUCGUCGCAAAUGAUAUCCAUACUGAACACCGCCGCAAGUACUAGCAAAUGACUACACAAAGUGAAUAACAUCGAAUUUAUCAAUGAUAUUUAUUGAAAAAAAUUAGCAUUACAUCAUAAAAACAUGUAAAAGCAAGUUAGAAAAUUCGGGUAAAAAACUUAAAUAAUAUUACAACUUCAUAUUUUCAAAAGUGUUUGUUAAAUUGUCUUUGGAUUUGUUUUCCAAAUGUUCUUUAAAAGCUUUCAUUCUGUCCCCACAACGACUCGUAAAUCUCUCUCCUGUCCGUUUAAUGGUAUAAUUAUACGAGGGUGGCAUGCUAAAGUUCACUUCGAAACAUGGACAGUUGGAAUGUCUUCUUCACUGGGAGUCCAUUCAAAAUAACUGCAUGAGUUAUCCUUUCCAUUUGGACAGCAGAAAAACGUACGAUCUUUAUUAAGUCCUUCUUUUUUCACUUUCCGUAUACAGCACGGAAAACCAUGACGGCAGUUUGGUCUAACUGUCUCGUCGGCAACAUCGCCCCAUUGCCAGAAAGAACACGGAUUUUCACG